GCAGUUUCCGAGCGUCCAUAAGCCCGGCCUCCACGUCCGUCGUUUCCAUAUUCCUGUUCCUGGUGUGAUCAAAUGUCGCGCAGAGCGAUGCGGUCGUCGCUGAGGAGCCGCGACUCCUCGAGCACGUCGACGGGCCCGGACCCAAGGGAGCGAGUGAAGGACUGCUGCCGCAAGCUGGUGGCCUUCAUGUGUACCCAGGUCGGCGUCGGGGGUCUGAUAGUCGGGUACGCGGUUGUCGGAGCCUUCGGCUUCAUCCACAUAGAGACGAUGUCCGAGUAUCCGGAAUUGGUCCGCGUCGCCCAAGCGCGGAACGUCUGCGCGGAUGAUCUCUGGGUCAAGACGGCUGGCGACAGCCUGGUGAACACGUUGAACAAAACGGCGUUCGAACUGCGGACGAGGGCGGUGCUGAAGGAGUUCGAAAAACAGCUCGUCCACAUGGCCCAGGUCAAAAAGUACGACGGUCGCGGGGUCAAGGACGUCUGGACAUUCCCGGCUGCCCUGAUGUUCUGCAUGUCGGUGUUCACGAUGAUCGGUUACGGGAACAUCGUGCCCAGGACGCACCUCGGCCGUUGGGCGACGGUCAUGUACGCGGUGAUCGGCAUCCCUCUUUACAUUCUCUACUUCAUGAACAUGGGCAAGGUCCUCGCCCAGAGCUUUCGGUGGCUUUACAGACGGGCCCACGAGUGCGCCGGGAAGCAGAGAACCGAAGGCGAGCGGAUAAUCGUACCGUCGACGGCCUGCCUCUGGGUGAUUUUCGGCUACGUCUUGGCCGGGUCCGUGACCUUCGCCCAGUGGGAGAACUGGGGAUUUCUCGACAGCGUUUACUUCUGCGUUACAUCGCUGUGCAAGAUCGGUAUGGGCGACUUCGUUCCCGGCGUAACCGGCUUCGGAUCUCGCGACAGAAGUCACACCUCCAGUCAGACCAAGCUCGUCAUAAAUUUCGUCUUCCUGCUACUCGGCAUGGGCCUGAUCGCCAUGUGCUACAACCUCAUGCGCGAAGACGUGCGUGUCAAGGCGAGGGAACUCAGGGAAUUCCUCAAAAGGACGGUCGAGGAGCUUCGCCUCAAGUUCUUGCUCUGCUGCCACUUUCCCGUCAACGAGAUGCUUACCCGGUAUGCAAACCCUGGCGAAGAGUAUACGAAGGAAAUUUCUACGAAGAGCUUACAUCCUCCGUGAAAUUUAGAUCGCCGAUGUACGGGGCAAUUGGUCAGUGUACAGUACAUUAUAAGCGCUGUCCGAACGGUGUGCGAGUUUAAAUCCAGGGCGAGGAAGUGAUCUUCUGCAAUAUCUAUGUGCCC